AUGGCCACCCCGGGUGCUAUGAAGCGUCUCACACGCGAAUACAAGUCUCUUCAGGAGUCGCCACCACCGUACAUCAUUGCACAUCCUUCGGAAAGCAACAUACUUGAAUGGCACUACAUCCUGACAGGUCCUCCCGACACGCCAUACGAAGGUGGCCAAUAUUGGGGCACGCUCGUUUUCCCAUCUAACUACCCCUUUGCGCCGCCAGCCAUCCGCAUGCACACGCCUAGUGGAAGAUUCCAACCUUCAACACGGCUCUGCCUUAGCAUCAGCGAUUUUCACCCCAAAUCCUUCAAUCCAGCUUGGGGCGUGUCGACCAUACUUAAUGGUGUCCUCAGCUUCAUGACGAGCGAGGAGAUCACGACGGGCAGCAUACGCGCGUCGGAUGCAGAGCGCAGAGUCUUUGCUGCGAAGUCGCGGUGGUGGAAUAGCACGGGCGGUGGUACGUCCAGUCGCACCGUGCCUGGCAUCCAGAGUCGGGGAGCAGGAGCUAUCAAGGCUGGCGAUGGUGGCAUGCGCUUUCGCAAGGAAUGGCCGGAAAUCGACAGGGAGAACUGGGAGUACCUAAGGCAGCGCCGAAUCGACCCAGCUACGGGUAAUGUUGUGCCAGAGUCAUCGCUCAACUCGUGCACUCCAGCUGCAGAUGCCCUAAGAAGGCGAGCGACGGUGGGCAGCUCGGGCGCAGGUGCUGUCGUCGAGGGAGCACAGGUGGCAAGGGAGGUAGGCCAAAGCUGGAUCGGCCGCAACAAGUGGUACAUUGGACUGACCCUUUUUUUUGUGUACAUCAUGAUGGCGCGGGUACUCGGCGAAGGAAACGCGGGCACUACCACCACCACCACCACCACCACCACCGCCGCCCAGUAA